CGAUGCGUUUUUUGGCAACAACAGUGAAGCAGGCGGAGACUGAGGGACCGAGUCUCCCCGCCGCUGCUGCCCUGCUCCACCCCGCAGAUCUGCGCCCACAGCUCGGAUACUUCUACCUGAAAGCAGCGGAACGUCCAGAGGUGAGUGGAGCAGCUCAGAAGAUCGCAGGAACAUCUUGACGUGGAACAUGGCUUCUUCCUCCAUGCCGUACUCCUCCGGAAAUAUGAUGGUGGUCACCCACAUGCUCCCUGCGGCUCAAAACAUGGAACAGCAGCCGCCGUUGGAUAGAAAAUACAAGUUCAGGAAGGGAUAUCCCCAGGCGCUCGGGACCGUUGAGAUCAUGAUCGGCGCGUUGACCCUGCUGUUUGGGAUCGCGACGGCUGCCCACCAAGCUUCCCUGGGGAUUUUAAGCGGGAUCUUCGUUUGGGGAUCUGCAAUGUACAUCACAGCUGGAGCUCUGACGGUGGCUGCUGAGAAGUAUAUGACCCGUUGUCUGAUCAACACUUCCCUGGCAUUCAACAUUAUCGCAGCAAAUUUUGCUAUAGCUGGUAUUGUCCUCUACGCGCUGGAUCCCGUAGUCACGUUGUACCCCUAUGACUUUGGCGACUGCGACGACUCCUACGGGUCCUGCAUCCCUAUUAUCCGUCAUCGCUAUGGUGGCUAUUCGGGCGUGGUGGCUGUGUUCCAGUUCCUGGAGUUCAUUGUUGCAAUCAUCCUCUCAGCAUACACCUGUCAUGCAGUCUGCUGUUGCUCCUGCUGCAUGGAGGAGCCGCAAGUCGUUGUUCAAGCUGUAGAAGGUACGGUCAACCCUCAGGCUCCGCCCCAUUUCCAAGCAGCACCUGUUGCUCCCGCGCAGCCAUACCCUCAGGUGGCACCCAACUUUAAAAACCCAAUGGAUCUGGGUUCUGCUGAGCCUCCAGCUUACCAGCCUAUCUGACCCACACACAUCAACUCAGAUCAUUGCAAACCUGCCGCUUGAGCUUGUCUUUCUUUUUCUGUCACCUUAAAAAUAUGUCAGUGAGAGAUGUGGAAACAGAUUAACUACAAAGGACAAAAAUGAAAAUGCAACCAGCCUUUCAUAGAAUGUAUUUGAAGGAGCUUCAUGCUGGUAAAUGUGGAUUCUGCUUCUGACCUUUAUUAAGCAAGGAAGAGAGGUUAAAGGCCUUUGUAUGCUUCUCCCUCACAGCGAGGUAGAACCUACACCAUCUACGCAGCGCCCUACGUAGGCCCUACGCUAGGGCUUGACGUGCACCUCCCAAAAAUCCUAACCACGCGUCGCCACUACACGUGGUGACGUGAACGUCGAGGGCUGUGAUUGGUCCGCUAUCGCGUUGUUUAUAGAAUGAAGUAGAACAAUAUACUCACCCCAAAUGCUUUUCUGAUCCAAACAGUGCUACGGGAGAAAUUUAGAUCCAAAAUCGAGCGGUGGACAUCUGUAUAAGGCUAGCAGACAGGGCAUGGGUAAUGACGCCGCUCCUAAAACGGCUUUAAUCGUCCAAAAACUCAUUAGUUUCACCAAUAUUUCAUCAUGGUCCGCUCACGCCACUCCUCCACAACAGCCCGGUGUCGCGAGAUAUGUCAUAUAUGCAGAUAUAUGUUCGGUAAGUGCACGCAUGUAUAGAUAUCUAUGUCUAGAUAACUAUGUCUAGAUAUCUAUGUCUAGGUAAGCCGGAGCUAUGGAAGCCGCAUUGUUGUUGUGACUGCCGAUUGCGAAAUGAAGAUACCGCCACACCCGCCUAGCGGCUUGGCGGUGAAAUUGCAGAGGAGGGCGUUCCCUUGACGCAGAAGCAAGAUAUGUUCAGUGACGCAGUAGGGUUGCCGGCGUAGGUUCUACGUUGCUGCGACGGAGAAGCAUAGAAAGGCCUUAAGGGAGAAUGUAUAGAAGGUCAAUAUAUGAGUGCAAGCUGCAAAGUCAUAUAUCAUUGCUGAAAUAUUAUCCAUCAGAUAAGACUUUGAAAAUCAAUGUGCAAAGUGUAUUUUGUUUGAGGUUUUUAUAUGAAAUUAAAAAUACUUCAGUUAACCCUC